AAUGUGUGCACAGUUUUAGAGGAAUAAGCUCUUUGGAAAAGCUGGACAAUUUCUGGGAUAUUUUUCAGCUCAUGAAACACUACAUGCUACGUUUAUAUUUUUCAUUAUAAAUUAUGGAAUUGAGAUUCUUCUGAUGUAAAUCCGUUUUUUUCUUAUUUUGUAUACAACACAAAUAUUGCGGGAAAAUGGAGGCCGAUGAAGGUCGUCACUAGUUACCACAGCUGCAAAGUCUACAUCCCGCCUAUUUCUACAAUUUAUUCUAAAAUUGUAUUUUAAUCCUAAUAUUAACUACACUGCUAACCUUAAAUAAAGACCAAAAAGCUAAUUUCGUUUUUAAAAUUCUUUACGAUAUAACCAAUUAUGACUUUGUGGCGGUGGUAACCUCGUCAGCUGUCCGGAACGAAACUGCUAAAACCAACUCAAUUGUUCCGCAAGUAGUUAAUUUCCUAGUUCACUCCUGUAAACUCCUGUAGCCAUGUCUUUCGAACUCGCCUUUCGUAGUCGUGUUGCCUCCAUUAUGGAAACUUUGACAGCAACAGCCUUGCAAGACAUCUGUCAACUUAUGGGAGAAACCUAUGCUGCUCUUCGAGUGGAAAUGGUGCAUGAACAAAAUCAAAGUUCGAGGACAAAAUUGCAGGAGAUGGAGAAUGGGACAGGGGUGGAGAAUCCAGCGAACUGCAUGGAGCGCAUUCAUAAACUCAGUUUGAGAAACUUCCCAGUUGUCGAGCAAAUCCUCAAUGAACAAGAGGCCAAUGGUCUUUGGCUAGAAGGUGAUCCUACUGUGGAAGACGAAGGUCCACCCUCACUGGUACCAGAAGGAGAAGAGCCAGCACAGCCUCUUAGUCAGACAACAGACAUGGCUGUCUUUUGGAAGGGGGUGGAGACAUGGCCUGCACCACCGGUCAUCAAACAGGAGGAAAUGGAUGACGACGACAUGGAGUCUCAAGCGUACGACAAGUGGAUUCCAGUGACACACUGGGCCAAUCAGAAUAUCACAGGAGAAAGUGACGAGCAAGAGAGAAGUCAAUCAUCUGGGGGAUCCAAAGAACUUGGACUUGACGACUUCAAGACGGAACCGAGUCCGUUGCUGGUGUCAGCUGAGGAUGCUGCUCCACCCAUAAAGAAGAAAUAUGAUAAAAGGUACACCUGUGAAAUAUGUGGAAAGACUGAGAACAAGAAAGCCAGAAUGACGAGUCACAUGCGAAAGCACACAGGGUUGCCCUUUAACUGCGAUAUCUGUGGCGAGAAAUUCCAGUGUCAGAAAUUAUUGACCAGACACAAGCGCUUCAAUCACUACACAGGGAUCAUCUACAGUUGCUCUGUGUGCGGAAAAACGUUCAUGCAGGUCACAUCUCGCGACACACAUGAGCGUGGUCACACUGGAAAAAACUAUUGGUGCUCAGACUGUGGCGAGACAUUCAAGGAGCGCCAGGAACGCGACACACAUGAGUGCAUUGUUUACAAGGGAGACCGGCCCUUCAGCUGCUCCGAGUGCAACAAGGACUUUGAAAGGCAGUACCAUCUCAAAAAACACCAGCUAGAAAAACACUCUCUAAUGGUGGAGCAGACUGUCGAACCAGAACCUGAGUCCAAGGACAUUGAGGACCAACAGAGUCAGUUUGAAUCUGAGAGUUCUGAGGCACCCACACAUUUCACCUGUGACAUAUGUGGAAUGACUAUUAUGAAUAAAGGCAACAUCAACAGACACAUGUUAACACACACAAAGAAGCCCUUUAGUUGCGAUAUCUGUGGUGAGAAUUUUAAGCGCAAAGCCCAAUUCACCCGACAUCAGGGCAAACACGCGAAAGUUGAGGAGAAAGUAGAAAAACCCUACAGUUGCACUGUGUGCGGAAUGAUGUUUGUGUAUUCUAAAAUGCGCAACAACCAUGAGCGCAAACAUAUUGGAGAAGACUAUUGUUGUUCAGACUGUGGCAAGAAGUUCAAGGAGCGUCAGGAGCACGAGUGCAUUGUUUACAAAGGAGACCAGCCCGUCAGAUGCUCCGAGUGCAAUGAGGACUUUGAAAGGCAGUACCAUCUCAAACAACACCAGCUGGAAAAACACCCUCUAUUAGUGGACCAGACAGUCGACCCAGAACCUGAGUCCAAGGACAUUGAGGACCAACAGAGUCAGUUGUUUGAGUUAGCGGAGAGUUCUGAGACUGAGGCACCCACGCGUUUCACCUGUGACAUAUGUGGUAUGAUUAUUAUGAAUAAAGGCAACAUUAACAGACACAAGUUAAUACACACAAAGAAGCCCUUUAGUUGUGAUGUCUGUGGUGAGAAUUUUAAGAGCCACACCUGUUUAGCCAAACAUCAAGGAAAACACAAGAGUGUUGAGGAGAAAAUAGAACCAUACAGUUGCUCUAUGUGUGGAAUGAGGUUUGUAUUUCCUAAAAUGCGUGACAACCAUGAAUGCAAACACAUUGGAGAAGACUUCUGGUGCUCAGGAUGUGACAAGACGUUCAAGGAGCGAGGGGAUCGCGAUGAGCACAAGUGCACUGUUUACAAGCGAGACCGACCCUUCAGAUGCUCAGAGUGCAAUGAGGACUUUGAAAGGCAGUACCAUCUCAAAAGACACCGGCUGGAAAAACACCCUCUAAUGUUGGACCAGACACGUCCCGGUCAUGAUACUGCGACGGUAGUACAGGGAGCACAGCCUUCAAAUGACAAUGACCCUAAGGCCGAUAUGAGUACGUUAGGUGGAAAAGUUCCAGUAACAAACUCAGGUUAAGUUGACACAAGUGAAAUGGCUUCAACUGAAUUAAGUUGUUUUGUUCAGUACAAAAAGGAUAGACAUGGAUUUGAACGAAGGGGUGACGGAUAGCGUUGGAAAUAGUGUGUAGAACAGUGAUGGGACUGAGAUUCAACCCCACACAGGCAGGAUAUCGCAUCUCUGACCUUUACUGCACAACUAACUUCAGGCACCUGGAUAAUGUUUUACAGCCAUCUUUAAUGCUCAUGUUGGGCCUAGAUUCGAUCUGGACUGUUACAGCGUGCUUCACGUUUCAAAUUACAUUUCCGAUUGAUCCAAAAUAUGCAGCAUUUAACGUGAAUAGACUGAUUCCCAAACCACCCCCUCACCCCUACCAACUCACUCGGAGGGCCCUCCGUUGUCACGUGUUGUUGUCAACUCCCGAGGGUGACUUCCAAAGAGAGGCGAGGGGAUCAAUAAACUGUCUACUUCAGGACACACUUGUGGGUAUACUGAUGAUUUGUCUGGACUUGUGGUUUGUUUACAUAGCAGGUUAGGAGAACUAACGCAGCCGGUUAGGAUAAUUAACGUAGUAGGUUAAGAAAAGGGUUAGAGUUAGGCUUAACUAAAAUGCUACAGUUGUCAACAAAUAGAUGGAGCUGUAGGUCUACUCCGUCUAGCCACAACCAUCAGCUAUGUCAGGGGUUCCCAAACCCAGACACCCCCCCCCCCCCCCCCCCCCCCCCUUCCAACAUUGUGGAACAUCCUGUGCCCCACUUCUAUUUUCUAAGUAUAUUUCUCUGUUCACACUUCCCUUGAUGGCGGGGAGAAUUUUGCAGGUUUAAAGCUCAUUUUUCGUAUUCUAUACAUUUAGCCAAAUGAGUGUGUUAAUGCGAUAUGAGUGACUAAAACAUUACAACAAUCUAUGGCCUGAAAACGUCUUGACAGAAAGGGUUGUAUUAGAGUUGUUAAUAAAAAUGGAAUUGAGAAAUAUUUGUGACUGUGGUUUCAGUAACAGCAUUUAUUUUUUAAAGGUUUGUCAACUCGAUAUGUUCUUGUUUAUUGAGAGGAAUAAAAGUGUAAAAACCUGUAUCGUUUGGUUUUAUUUAGCAAAUCGAGGAGGCAGAUAAACGAGUGUUUAUGGUAUAUCACCGGUGCAACCUCGUCAGUUGUCCGGAACCAAACGUCUAUCAGCAAUUCAAACACUCCAACAGUAACUUAACACUGCAAACUUCGCGUGGUUAGUGAGUUUUGUAGCCAUGUCUUUCGAACUCGCUUUUGGUUCUCGUGUUGCCUCCAUUAUGGAAGCUUUGACAGAAAAAGCCGUGCAAGACAUCUGCCAACUUAUGGGAGAAACGUAUGCUGCUCUUCGAGUGGAAAUGUUGCAAGAACAAAAUCAAAGUUCGAUAAAGUUACAGGCGAUUGCAAAUAACAUCGAGAAGGAGAAGCCAGCGAACUGCAUGGAGAUAAUUCAAAAACCAGCUUCCCCAACAGGUUUGAGAGACUUCCCAGUCGUGGAGCAAAUCCUCAAUGAACAAGAGGCCAAUGGUCUUUGGCUAGAAGGUCACCUUACUGUUGAAGACCAAGGUCCACUGUCACUGGUACCAGAGGAAGAACAGCCAUCACAGGCUUUUGGUCAGAUGACAGACAUGGGGGUGGAGACAUGGCCUGCACCACCUGUCAUAAAACAGGAGGAAAUGGAUGAUGACGACAUGGAGUCUCAAGGUUAUGGCAAGGAUAUUCCAGACACUCACAAGGCCAACCAGAAUAUCACAGGAGAAAAUGAUGAGGAAGAGAGAAGUCAAGCCUCUGGGGGAUCCAGAGAACUUGGACUCGAUGACUUCAAGAGAGAACAGAUUCCAUUGCUGGUGUCAGCUGAGGAUGCUCCAGCACCCACGAAGAAGAAAUGUAAUAAAAGGUACAGCUGUGAAAUAUGUGGAAAGACCGAGAGAAAAAAACACAGAAUGACAAGUCACAUGAUAACACACACAGGGCUGCCCUUUAGCUGCGAUAUCUGUGGUGAGAAAUUCAAGUUUCAGAAUUACUUGAACAGACACCAGCGAUCCAAACACACAAUGAAAACCUACAGUUGCUCUGUGUGCGAAAAAACCUUCCGGCAGGCCACAUCUCGCGACAGGCAUGAGCGUGGUCACGCUGGAAAAAACUAUUGGUGCUCCAACUGUGGUGAGAUGUUCAGGGAGCGCGGGGAUCGUGACGCGCACGAGUGCAUUGAUUACAAAGGAGAACGUCCCUUCAGCUGUUCCGAGUGCAGUGAAGCCUUUCAAAGGCAGUACCAUCUCAAAAGACACCAGCUGGAAAAACACUCUCUAAUGGUGGAGCAGACUGUCGACCCAGAAAAUAGAGUUGAGGAGAAAAGUGAAAAACCCUGCAGUUGCUGUGUGUGUGGAAUGAUGUUUGUAUAUCCUAAAUCGCGGGACACCCAUGAACGUAAACACAUUGGAGAAGACUACUGGUGCUCAGGAUGUGGCAAGACGUUCAAAGAACGCCAGGGUCGCGAUACGCACAAGUGCACUGUUUACAAGGGAGACCGGCCCUUCAGAUGCUCCGAGUGCAAUGAGGACUUUGAAAGACAGUACCUUCUCAAAAGACACCAGCUCGAAAAACACCCUCUAAUGGUGGACCAGCCACAUUCCAGUCAUGAUACAUUGUUUUGUAUGGUUUAAAAAAAAAUAAUGACCAUGCCCAGACCUAACUGCUCACACCCCCCUCAGCCCCUGCCUCAAACUCCACCGUUUUUUCUGUCUCCAUUGUUCAACAUUUAUUUACAUUGUAAUACUUCUGACAGCACACUUUCUAACUCUGCCUGUAACCUUUGGAUUUUAUAGCAUUCCCAGAAGGUAUGGAUUGUCAAUUUUAAAUAUUAUUCAUUACUACAUUUAGCUAACAUUAGAUAGUUAUUCUAGAGAUUCUUACCCUUGCCUUGAUUCGGCAUUCCAGAUCAUCAUGGUAUUUGUAGUUUAUGAUCCACAUUAGCAACUAAUUAGCAUUUCAUUUAGAGGGGGGGGCUGUUGUGUGAAAUUGCACCAAUUCAAUAACUCUGUGCCUUGUGAUUUCACUUUGCUCUGAAGCUGCCAGUGUUGCUGUAAUGGAGGAUCUAAUUAAUUAGCAGGUUAGAAAGACUAAUGUAGCAGGUUAGGAGAAUGAGGUUAAGAAAAGGGAUAGUUAGGUUUAGCUUAUCCAUCUAGCCACAACCAUCAGCUUUGCAAAUAAACCAUAAGUCCCGACAAACCAUCCAGAGGAGUCUGACGGGAGGAUGGCUCAUAAUAGAAUGUAAUUUGCUACUAUUCCACUCCAGCCAUUACCACAAGCCCAUCCUCCACAAUUAAGGUGCCACCAACCACCUGUAUAACACCGGUCUUAAUUGAUUUUAGGGUGUAUUGUGUUACCUGAAAUUGUGUGUUGUUUUGAAUAUUGAUUUGCUUUAGCAACAUUGGAUUUUCCCUUUUCAUGUAUAUAAACUUUUUUUAAUUUUUUAAAAUCUGGACAGCAAGGAUUGUGGAAGAACAGUUGAUCAAAAGGAAGGAAAUUAUAUUUUUCUUGACUCAUCAGGGGUUUCAGUAACAGUAUUUUUUUUUAAAGGUUUGUCAACCCAAUAUGUUGCUUUCUGAGAGGAAUAAAGAUUUUUUUCAACCUGUC